UAUUCCGCCCCCGCCGCCAUUUUCCGUGUUUUUCUCUUUUGCUACACAGUGUUUCACUAAUGCAGCAGUUUCAAAAAAUUUCUUUAAGUUUGGGUUGUUAAUUUCCGGACUUCUCCAGUUUAUUGGAGAAGACCACUUUAACCAAGAAGACUCAGUGCUUAGAUAGCCAUGUAUAUCAAACAGGUUAUCAUCCAGGGGUUCAGAAGUUACAGGGACCAAACUGUUGUAGACCCUUUUAGUCCAAAGCACAAUGUCAUUGUUGGAAGAAAUGGGUCAGGAAAAAGUAACUUUUUCUAUGCCAUUCAGUUUGUGCUCAGUGAUGAGUUCAGCCACCUGCGACCUGAACAGCGCCUGGCUUUGCUCCAUGAGGGAACUGGUCCUCGUGUCAUUUCGGCUUUUGUGGAGAUUAUAUUUGACAACUCUGAUAACCGGCUGCCGAUUGACAAAGAAGAAGUCUCCCUUCGUCGCGUCAUUGGCGCAAAGAAAGACCAGUACUUUUUAGACAAGAAGAUGGUUACUAAGAAUGAUGUCAUGAACCUUCUGGAGAGUGCUGGCUUCUCCCGCAGUAACCCCUACUACAUCGUCAAGCAGGGAAAGAUCAACCAAAUGGCAACAGCACCUGACUCCCAGCGCCUGAAGCUGUUGAGAGAGGUGGCAGGAACAAGGGUGUACGAUGAACGCAAGGAGGAGAGUAUUUCUCUCAUGAAGGAGACGGAGGGAAAGCGAGAGAAGAUCAAUGAGCUGCUAAAGUAUAUUGAGGAACGUCUGCACACUCUGGAGGAUGAGAAGGAGGAGCUUGCUCAGUACCAGAAGUGGGACAAGAUGAGAAGAGCCCUGGAGUACACCAUCUACAACCAGGAGCUGAAUGAAACUCGUGCUAAGCUGGAUGAGUUGUCUACCAAGAGAGAGACCUGUGGCGACAAAUCCAGACAGCUGCGUGAUGCUCAGCAAGAUGCCAGGGACAAAGUAGAGGAGACGGAGCGCGUUGUGCGGGAGCUGAAAUCCAAGAUCUCUGCCAUGAAGGAGGAGAGAGAGCAACUGUCGGCUGAGCGCCAGGAGCAGAUCAAGCAGAGGACCAAGCUUGAGCUGAAGGCCAAGGACCUGCAGGAUGAGCUGGCAGGCAACAGUGAACAGAGGAAACGUCUGCUAAAGGAGCGUCAGAAGCUGCUGGAGAAAAUUGAGGAGAAGCAAAAAGAACUGCAGGAGACUGAGCCCAAAUUCAACAUGGUGAAGGAAAAAGAGGAGCGGGGCAUCUCCAGAUUGGCCCAGGCUACACAAGAGAGGACAGACCUGUAUGCAAAGCAGGGCCGUGGCAGCCAGUUCACCUCAAAGGAGGAGAGGGACAAGUGGAUCAAGAAGGAGCUAAAGUCUCUGGACCAGGCCAUCAAUGAUAAGAAGAGGCAGAUCGCAGCCAUCCACAAAGACCUGGAGGACACAGAGAUGAACAAGGAGAAGAACCUGGAGCAGUACAAUAAACUUGAUCAAGAUCUAAAUGAGGUCAAGACACGUGUUGAAGAGCUGGACAAAAAGUAUUAUGAGGUGAAGAACAGGAAAGAUGAGCUGCAGAGUGAGAGAAACUGCCUGUGGCGUGAGGAGAACGCAGAGCAGCAGGCGUUGGCAGCCAAACGAGAGGACCUGGAGAAGAAACAGCAGCUUCUUCGAGCGGCCACCGGAAAGGCCAUUCUGAACGGCAUUGACAGUAUCAACAAAGUCCUUGAGCAUUUCCGUCGGAAGGGCAUCAACCAGCAUGUCAUCAAGGGUUAUCAUGGCAUCGUCAUGAAUAACUUUGAGUGUGAGCCUGCUUUUUACACCUGUGUGGAGGUUACUGCUGGUACCAGACUGUUCUACCACAUUGUGGAGACUGACGAAGUCAGCACCAAAAUACUAAUGGAGUUCAACAAAAUGAACCUGCCUGGAGAAGUCACUUUCCUGCCCCUGAGCAAACUGGACGUUAGAGACACCGCCUACCCAGAAACCAAUGACGCCAUCCCCAUGAUCAGUAAGCUGCGCUACAGCCCCAACUUUGACAAGGCCUUCAAGCAUGUGUUUGGAAAGACCUUGAUUUGUCGCAGCAUGGAGGUUUCCACACAGCUGGCCAGAGCCUUCACCAUGGACUGUAUCACUCUGGAGGGUGACCAGGUGAGCCACCGUGGUGCACUGACAGGAGGCUACUACGAUAGCAGAAAGUCUCGCCUGGAGCUACAGAAAGAUAUGAGGAAGGCUGAGGAGGAGCUAGGUGAGCUGGAGGCCAAGCUCAAUGAGAACCUGCGUAGGAACAUUGAAUGCAUCAACAAUGAGAUUGACCAACUGAUGAACCAGAUGCAGCAGAUUGAAACACAACAGAGGAAGUUCAAGGCAUCCAGAGAUAGUAUUCUGUCAGAGAUGAAGAUGCUGAAGGAGAAGAGGCAGCAGUCUGAGAAGACGUUCAUGCCUAAGCAACGCAGUCUCCAAAGUCUGGAAGCCAGCCUUCAUGCCAUGGAGUCCACUAGGGAGUCUCUGAGGGCUGAGCUGGGUACAGAUCUGCUCUCUCAACUCAGCCUGGAGGACCAGAGGCGUGUAGAUGACCUCAAUGAUGAGAUCCGUCAGCUCCAGCAGGACAAUAGACAGUUACUGAAUGAGAGAAUUAAGCUGGAGGGCAUUAUGACCAGAGUGGAAACGUAUCUCAAUGAGAACUUACGGAAGCGUUACGACCAAGUGGAGCAGGAGCUAAAUGAGCUGCGAGAGACUGAGGGAGGCACAGUGCUCACAGCCACAACAUCAGAGCUAGAUGGCAUCAACAAACGUGUCAAAGAAACCUUGGCUCGAUCAGAAGAUCUGGAUGCCCUAAUUGAUAAGACAGAGGCAGAGAUCAAGGACCACAUAAAGAGCAUGGAGCGCUGGAAGAUCAUAGAGAAAGAGCAGAAUGACGCCAUCAACCAUGACACCAAGGAGCUGGAGAAAAUGACCAAUAGACAGGGCAUGCUGCUCAAGAAGAAAGAGGAGUGCAUGAAGAAGAUCAGAGAGCUGGGCUCACUGCCUCAGGAGGCCUUUGAGAAGUACCAGACCCUCACGCUCAAACAGGUACACUGGUAUAUGCUUAAUGAUGAGACUUGUUGCCUUCUGGCUUUUAGGUUUCAGUUCUUUGGCAGCCAGCAGCAGCAUCAUUCAGAGGUACAGUGUUACAGUGUCAUUGUUUAAUAUGGAUUUUCUUUU